CACACACACACACACACACACACACACACACACACACACUUGGGCACACACACACACACACACACACAUAGAGGGAGCUAGAUAACUGUGAUUCCACUGCUGAAUUUUUAACGCUGUUGUGGAACUUUUUUUCCAGCCGGGUUACUGUGGCACCGGGGUAAUGUUACACUGACAGCAGCCACAGGACCGGGUUCACUUCAUUUCUGUUGUUUACAGAGGCAGGACAGAAACAGCCUGCGCGUGGCGUGAGUGGCCAUUCCUGUCCCGAUGCCGUCACCGCAGCGAAAAUGACCCUGAACACCCAAAGAGAGAAGGAGCCCCUGCGGCGGCGAAGCAGCACGCCGGCCCCUUCCAUCCACCAGCACCCAUCCUGGACUCGGGACCUCCAACUCUCCAGCAGCACUCAGCCAGACUCGGAGCAUUCGAACCCGCUCCGCAGCCACCCUCCUCUGGGGCAGUCGGCGUCCUACCACCCCGGAGACAAAUCCCUUCACUACCGUGCCCAGUGGAGCUCAGAUUCGGAUGACGAUUCGCAGAGUGACUCAGAUUGUGUUUACAGAGUGGUGUUGCUUGGAGACCAUGGUGUCGGAAAGACCAGCCUCGCAGGAAUCUUUGCUGGAAUCACAGAGAAAGAUGAACAACCUGGAGAGGAUACGUAUGAGCGGACGCUGACGGUAGACGGGGAGGAGACCACGCUGAUCGUCAUGGAUACGUGGGAGAAUGACAAACUGGAGGCAGAAGACUCCUCCUCUCUCGACAACUGUCUGAAGGUGGGGAACGCUUACGUUAUCGUGUAUUCGGUCACCGACCGCUCAAGUUUCGAAUCCGCUGCUGAACUCCGCAUCACGCUGAGACGCACUCGCCAGGCCGAAAACCUUCCCAUCAUCCUCGUGGGCAACAAGAGUGAUUUGGUGCGAGCCAGAGAGAUCGCUGUGGAAGAGGGCCGAGCUUGUGCGGUCGUGUUCGACUGCAAGUUCAUCGAGACGUCGGCAUCUCUGCAGCACAACGUGACCGAGCUGUUUGAGGGGGUGGUGCGGCAGAUCCGCCUCCGUAGGGAUGGGAACGAGGUCACGAAGCGCAGACACUCGCUCUACAAGCGCAAAGAGAGCCUCACCCAGAAGGCUCGGCGUUUCCUCGACCGGCUGGUGGCACGUAAGAACCAGCGCAUGGCGGUGAAAGUGCGGUCCAAGAGCUGUCACGACCUGGCCGUCCUCUGAACAUCAGUCUCCAUCGGGAGUUUGGUUUUUUUCUGACUUGUUUAACUUCUUUCUGGCUACGUUUUCUUGGACGACGGUGUCAGCCGAGUCGCACACAUUCAGUGAACUGACCUCUGACAAGGCGAUCAGAGGCGAACUGAGCAAAUCGACAUCCAAGAACUCAACGAGAUCAGCAGAUUUCACUCUUCAUGGUUUAGUGUCAAACCUUUUUUUUUCUCUCUGGAUGAACUUUGAACAUAAGAUUUCAGAUGAAUCUAAGUGAUCAUCACUGCACUGUUUAGAAGCUGUAUGUGUGAAAUGGCUUCAUCUUUUCAAAGUCUGUGUGCGCGUUUUGACAGGCAACGUAGAGUUUCCAUCGUAGAGGACAUGUUGUGGUUUUCUUUUUUUUUGUCCACUAUGCUGUUAUCCCAAGAUGACGACUGUUCGAAGCUCAAUGUGCAGAAUGUUUUAACAGGACAGCAUUCCCAAAAUCACACAAUGAUUUUGACGACCAACACUGUGACUUAAUUAUGGACUUAACUUAAAUGUAUAAAAACGUUUCUUUCUUAUUCUUAAAUUGAUUUUGUUUUCAUUGUUUAAAAUGAUCAUUCAAUCAAUUUAUCAGAUCUUAAUAAACAUUACUGUGUAUGAUACGUCUUCCACGUCUUAAUUCCUACAAAUGUUAAAGGAUGCCACGGAAAGUUAAUAUAAAAGAUUUGAAAGCAAUAGGGGGAAAGUUAAAUACUUUAUAUUUCAUUACUCUAACAUCAUCAUCUUCUGCUAAAUGGGUGCUAUUUACAGCCAUCAUAACUAACUUUGGUUUAAACUUGGAGUG